GUCCUGCAACGAUCCACGAUGAGCUGGGCAUGCAAGCCUGCAAUCUCCACAACCUACCCGAAAACUACACCAUGCGCUACUACCUCUACCAUGCUCUCACCUGGCCUCAAUUAUCCUACGUUGCUGAAGAUCUCUCUUAUGAUGGUGGGAAAGAUGAGAGGACAGGAGAGAGGAGAGGAAAGAUUGUAGGGUAUAUAUUGGGAAAGAUGGAAGAGGAACCGACGGAUGGAGUGCAGCAUGGACAUGUUACUUCCAUUAGUGUGCUGAGGAGCUAUAGACGAUUGGGAGUUGCGCAGAAGCUUAUGAGGCAGAGUCAAACGGCCAUGCGCGACGUCUUUGGCGCAAAGUACGUCUCCCUCCACGUCCGCGAGACGAAUCGAGCUGCCAUUGGACUCUAUCGGGAUACAUUGGGAUUCGAAGUACAUGGAGUGGAAAAAGGCUAUUACGCGGAUGGAGAGGAUGCAUGGGCAAUGAGACUCGUGCUGCAAUGAAAGAUGGGGGGAGGAGUUGGUCAGAGGCAUAGUUCUGUAGAUGGUGUUGCCCUUCUCACAGAGGAGAGGAGGGGUAUGACUGAGCUUCUGGUUACACAGAGUCGAAGGGAGGGAAGGCGAUUGUCACAUGAAUAGACUCUUGGUUCUCAUGCAUGCCUUACUGGGUGUAGUGCGGGGAG